CGAACGAACGAAACGUAUCUUCAACCGAGCCGUGUUCCAAACUUGUUUUCAUGGACUUUUCUGUGAACUGGCUCAAAAAAAUUCUACUACUGUACUACGACUACCACUAUUUGAAAAAAACAUUUUUGAUACACAGUCAAAAUAGCCGACGCUUGCCUUGAUGAUUAAAUGCUGUAGUUUCACCAACCCACCAGUAAGUGGGAGGCGCUAUCCCACACAGAAAGCUGCUGUUCAACAAAUAACAGAAGAAGAAAGUUUGCGGGAAAAGCGAAGACAGUGACAGCGGAAGAGUGCACGAAAAGCUGGUAAAAUGGUUCCCAAGUAUUAAAAAACAAACAAAAAAACGACUUCAUGGCACCACCCAAACACACCGAGGUGAAAAGAGGAAUCGCAGUCCUGUGGGAGACUCUGCAGUGCCCCAUAUGUUUGGAUUUGUUGACGAAACCAGUUUCUACCAAGUGUGACCAUCAGUUUUGCAAGUUUUGUAUGCUGAAGCUGUUGGACAACGCCAAGCAGAGCAAAGCCGACUGCCCAGUGUGUAAAGAAAAGAUAACGAAGAGAAGCUUGCAGGAGAGUCCGGGUUUUCAGAGACUCGUCACAGGACUGCAAGACAUGAUCCAGGCAUAUGAACAUGACACCGGCACAAAUUACUUGACUGGACUGGCCCAGGAAAGAAGGCGAGCUGGGCUCAACGAUGACAAACGGGUGGAUGGGACGCCCGACAAUGUGGAGGAUGUUGAAAAGGCUCCUCCGAGUUCUCACACAUCAACUAUAGCAGCUCUCAAUGGAUUUGCAAGAGUGAUGGGGUUUGGAGAUUCCGAUCCUGUGGCAACAGAAGGCGAAGUUGAAGAUGGCUCUGUUCAAACGUCACAAUCCAUUAAAUCGAUGGAGGCAACAGCCAAUGCAUCAAGACUCGCAACUCGUGGGAAAAGGCGAAAGGACCAAGUUGUGCCGGUUGUUUCGGAAAUUCAACCUCUAACGCGACUCUCCAGGCAAAAGCAGAAAAAGGAUGAGGUGCCUGAGCAGAUCUUUGAGAACAGGAAGAAGAAAAGUAAGCAGAAGGUGGCGGAGUGGCUCAUGAGGGCUCCCGCCGAGGGGAGCCUCGAGUUGGCGCAGCCCGCAGACGUUGCCCAGGCUUUCGACGAUUCCGACAGCUCCGCUUCCACGCUGGACCUCCGGACGCUCGGCAAGAAGGAGCAGGUCGCCAAAACGCUCGAGGAGCACGUUUUUGGGGUCACCUACACACGAAAGCAAAGAGGGAACCAAAGAGCCAGCAACACAUCGCGAUCACACUCCUCAGAGAAGCUGUCCGAGAAAAGAAAGAAGAUGACCGGCACCGAAGACAAACUUGUCCAUCUGGAAGCGCCUGCAAUCAUGGACAUCUCUGAAGAACCAGGAAAUUGUGAGACUCAGAAGACGGAGCUGGACAAAUCUCCAGAAAAUGACGAGCUGACAAUCCUCGGAGCCCUUCAUCCGGAACGCAAGCCAACAAAGAGGUCACAUAGCGCCUUGCAGGAGGUCGACUCUGAUUUACAGGCCAAAGCGGAGACGGAAAGUUCGGCUCCGAAAAAAGCAGACCGGCGGCGAGGCCCCUCAGAGAGAGGCAAGUCAGCCAGAGCUGUGCAACCUCUGGUUCUUGUCGGAGUUCAAGAUGGAGGCGACGACGCUAAGAGUAAGCUUCCGUCGGAGGCGGCUCAGGUUCAUAUCGAGAACUACCCGAGCAGCGAGGACCAGGAGGCCGCAGUCACGACGGGCACCGGGAGAUCCAGGAGACUUCACUUGUCUUCCCAGAACGUUCGGCAGGCGGCUCCCCAAAAAGCCGCGACUCGCCAGGGGGCGAGAGCACUCAGGAAGGACGUCAAAGACGACGGGACGUCGGAUCUUGCGGCCGCAAAGGCCUGCAAAAGUAACGGAUGCGUAUAUGACAAAGACAUCUGUGCAAUCGAAAACAUGGACAUCUCCCAUCUGGAAACUCUCGUUCAGGGCGUUCGUCCCUCUGAAAGUGAAGCAGGCGCAGAUCGUGAGCCCCCUCUGAUUCCAAGUUGUGCAGGUGUUUUGGGGGCGGCUCCGCGUUCGAUGCAGAGUGCCCCGGCGGAAAAGGAGGACUGUCACGACAGUGAGAUGGACACCGCUCAAAUCCUCAGGAGCUUCAAAGACACCAAAAGGAAGUCAUUCCGCCUCGCCCGCCAAAGUGGGAAGAAGAGUCGGAGCCAGGAUGAGGAGCUCGCGCACAGCUCGGGAAAGAGGUGUCUUACUCGUUUGGCAGUCCAGCGUUCCAAGCAGCAGCAGCAGCAGACGACGCAGAGUUCGGACCUCACUGACCCGUCAACCUGCAGCGAUUUGCUCCCCCCAACAAAUUUGCCCGCAAAGAAAAUGGAUGCCAACGUGGUGGCCGCCCCCGUUCUACUCAGAAGUUCUAUCAGCAGUGGCCUCAGUCCAAACAAAGUGACAACGCGCGAAACGGAAAGUCCUCUGGCAUCCAUGCUGCCUCAGGUGGUGGAUUCUGGACUCCGUUUUCACGAGCGCCAGGAGAUUCCAGAGAGUCCGUUUGACCCCGCCGCCACUGGAAACUCUUCAGCAAGCACAUCCCAACAUGUCGUCCACGCCGACUGUUCCUUGACUCCGGACGGGCUCGGAGUUCAGCCAAGCCAGCCGCCCCACGGAACCCAAACGAGCCUGCGCUCGUCCGCCCGGAGCAGCCCGAGCCGCAGGAGACGGAGGAGGACCCGGAGGCUGCGGUACUCGUCAGGCGUUGACGAGUACCGCGAGCAGCAGUCGUUGAGCAGCUCCCAAGACACGCCAUCCACUUUGCCGCCAAUCUUCCACGGGGCCGCUGCCCGGCCGCACGGCCACCGCGCCGACGACGCCGCUGAAGCUCACCAACACAAAGCCGACGAUGUCGCCGUGCGGUGCGAGAGUCCAGACUGCAUCACCGCCAGCCAGGCGUCCGUUGACUUGUUUGACUCUCCGGAAGAAUGUGACGCACCGGUGAACGAUGCAAGCGUGUCUGCCGAGUCGUCGCAAUUCGCAAGCGAGGUUCUCGUUACGCAGCAAAAGCUGGAGAUGCAGAAGGAGCUGCUGAGGCUGGAGAAAUUGAUGGCGCUGGUGACCGAGGUGCUCCAGGAGAAGGAGGCCAACUCCGCUGUGUGCUCCGAUGCGCCGAAAUCGGAUCCACGUGACCCAAAUGCAAGCUGUGAUCCAGACAGGUUGGUCACGCGGGCCGCUUUGGAACAUCAACAGCACGCGUCCAACGUUGCCGAGUAUCCUCGCGUCGCACCGUUGUUUUGCAGGGAAGACCUUGGGAGAAACGCAGAGGAGCUCGGAAAGCGUCUCCGCGAUGGAGAACACUUGUCUCAGCCCGCCAUCGAGACGUCGCCGCACGCAGGACCCGCUGGGAAAAGCUGCGGCCGUUCAAAGGACAAAGAGAACACGACUCCCGAGAGAGACGGCGGCAGAGCUAAAAUGAUGCUGGUCUCGUCUGGGUUGGCGCCCGCCGAGCAGAUGGCGGUGAGGAGGUUUGCUAGGAGAGUCGGCGCUCGUGUGGUUUCCCAGGUGACCGCAGAGGUUACUCACAUUGUCAUGUGCACAGAUGAACAACUGGUAUGUGAGCGUACCCUCAAGUACUUCCUUGGCAUUGCGGGCAGGAAGUGGGUGGUGAGCUUCCAGUGGAUUGCCGAAUGCUUCAAGCAAAAGAAACUGGUGGACGAGAGCUUAUUUGAAGUCCGAGGAGACGUGGUGAACGGAUCCGAUCACCUCGGUCCGAAGAGAGCUCGCACCACCGCUGACGACAAUCUUCUCAUGAAGGGCUACGAAAUCUGCUUCCAGGGACCUUUUGCAAACAUGACCACAGAGGAAAUGGAGUGGAUGGUGCAGCAGUGCGGAGCCACGGUGGUCAAAGACCCGCUCGUGCUCGACAGCACACGGAAAUCCAAUCAGCUGGUUAUCGUUCAGCCUGGAACGGAUCCACGCUCGUACAGCGGUCUGGCAAAGCAGGCCACGCUUGUGAGUCGCGGUUGGUUGUUGGACACGGUGGCCACCUACACCCUCCAAGGUUACGCCAACUACCUCAUAUGAGUCAAGAACAUGUUUUACCACAUUUUUAUGAAUGCAUCUUCUGUAAAAACGUGCACACACUAAAAGACCAGAAACAUGUCAAAUUAAGCUAUAUUAAAAAAAAAAAA